GUCUCCCCGGUCGGGUCUACUAACCUAACCCGGUGGCCCGCGGGUCAGUUCACUCCGAUCUGGGAUCGCGGCCGCCAGGUCUCCGAAAGGUCAAAAAUCCGAAACGAUCGUCGUCCGUGCCGCCACGUUUCGCGCGUGCGAAUUUUAUUCGUCGUUCGAAAUCUGUUUUUUCGUUUUUAUUUCAUUUUUUUUCGCUCGCCACAAAUCGAUACGAGAAGAGACAAAAUUUUUAUUACCAACAAUAUCGGCCGAAAAAAAAAAGUGUUUUAUACCGCGCGUCAGCCAUCGGGAAAAUAAUAUAGUUUGUUAGCUCGUCUUGCGUUUUUAUCGGUAAAAUAAAAAAGUCGUUUGUUCAGUGUUUUUUUUUUUUUCGCCGACCACGCAACAGUCGAACAGCCGGUAUAUCGUGCGCUGAGGCGCCUGGCGGUUUUCCGCGGUGAGCUACCGGCACCACCCGCACUGCCGCCAAGUCGGGGCACCAGCCCGACAGUCUCAGCAGAAGCUCAGGUGCGCACCGGCAGGCACCAUUAUUAUUCCGCAUAACGGCCUCGCGGUGUGUCGCGCGGCGGUAGGCGGACUAUGCACAGUGUCCGGUGGCGGCGGUCCCGGCAUGACGGGCGUCGGAUCGGCCGCGCCGCCGUCGCAGCAGGGCCCGCCGCACGGUGGCCCGCCGGACCUGCUGACCAGUGGACACCACCACGAUCUCGGCGGGUUCACCCGGAGCAUGUCGCUGGUGACGCCGGCGUGGCGCGACCCACCCGGCGGCGGCGGCGGUGGCCACCAUCUGGACGAGCCGCAGCAAAGCACCACGCCGGGAACGGCCAGCUCGCAGUCCGGCGGUUCGCUGGUCACGCUCGGUGGACAGUGCGACAAGAACGGACAGAACAUCGAGUGCGUCGUGUGCGGUGACAAGAGCAGCGGCAAACACUACGGACAGUUUACUUGCGAAGGCUGUAAAAGUUUUUUCAAAAGGAGCGUCCGCCGGAAUCUCACGUAUUCGUGCAGGGGAAGCCGGAACUGUCCCAUCGACCAACACCACCGGAACCAAUGUCAGUACUGUCGGCUGAAAAAGUGCCUAAAAAUGGGCAUGCGCAGAGAAGCCGUGCAGAGAGGUCGAGUUCCAGCCAGUCAGCCCCCCGGUCUCACCGGACUUCCCGGUCAGUUGUGCUUGGCCAACGGCGAGGCAGCCGCGGCCGCGGCCGCUGCUGCUGGAGCCGUCGGACUCAACGGCCACUCGUACCUGUCCUCCUAUAUAUCGCUGCUGCUGCGCGCCGAACCGUACCCGACGUCUAGGUACGGCCAGUGUAUGCAACCGAACAACAUCAUGGGCAUAGACAACAUAUGCGAGCUGGCCGCCAGGCUGCUUUUUAGUGCUGUUGAGUGGGCUCGGAACAUACCCUUCUUCCCAGACCUGCAGGUGACUGACCAAGUGGCCUUGCUGAGGCUCGUUUGGAGCGAACUGUUUGUACUGAACGCGUCACAGUGUUCGAUGCCACUGCACGUUGCCCCACUGUUAGCUGCAGCUGGGCUGCAUGCGUCUCCGAUGGCCGCGGAUCGCGUGGUCGCUUUCAUGGACCACAUACGCAUAUUCCAGGAGCAGGUGGAGAAACUCAAAGCCCUCCACGUAGACGCCGCCGAGUACAGUUGUCUGAAAGCCAUCGUCCUGUUCACCACCGACGCGUGCGGGUUAUCGGACGUGGCGCACAUCGAGUCGCUGCAGGAAAAGUCUCAGUGCGCCCUGGAGGAGUAUUGUCGGACGCAGUACCCGAACCAGCCGAUCCGGUUCGGCAAGCUGCUGCUCAGGCUGCCGUCACUGCGCACGGUCAGCUCGCAGGUCAUUGAGCAGCUCUUCUUCGUCCGGCUAGUGGGCAAGACGCCCAUCGAGACGCUCAUCCGGGACAUGCUGCUCAGCGGCAGCAGCUUCAGCUGGCCGUACAUAAACUCCAUGUGACACUCCGUCUGGAGGCAGAUGACGGGCACGCCCGCCCCGUUGUGAUGCCGCGCCGCCGCUUAGUCUAUAUUAUACAGUCAGCCGAUCGUUGUCGCGUCGCGUGGUAAAAAUAUACAACGGGUGCGAUGCGACAUCCACCCACGUAAUAUUGUUUUAUAAUAUUAUGAAUUUUGUAAUAUUUUAACGUGGGCGCGACAAGCGAACGCCGUGCCAUCACCGCCGGGUACCGGACGUAUGCCGUCACCUUUUCCGCGCGCCAAGAGCAAACCAUGGCAUCACCAUCGCCGUCGCCGCCGUAUCACCUGCACCGAUCAUAUUAUAUUAUAUUAUUAUAAUAAUGCAAGAAACGUGUUCGACGCACGAUGACCACACUAUAAUAUGGCAUCACGCGAUUAUUAUAAUAUAUUUUAUUAUUAUUAAUAUUAUUAUUAUUUAUAUAUUAUACUACCUUUAUGCGUUUAUUAUUAUUAUAUCUUUUUUUUUUGUUUGUUUUUAUUGUUUAUUAUUAUUAUUAUUAUUAUUAUUAUUAUUAUAUUUUUUUAAUAUCCCAAAAAUUAGGCCCUAAGCGCGUUUUAAUCUACACGCCACUUAGACGACUGGGAAAGUUGCAAUAAAUAUUACGAUUUUACACCGUAUAAAACAUUUUAUUUUAUCGUGUCAAGCAUGAUGAAAAAUUACAUCGAUGUACAUUAAACAGCUUUAAUUUUAUUAUUAGGUACUGCCCAUUAUUUUUACUGCAGUCGAACUUGUGACUGUGAAUACCUAUAUAUAUACACGAAUAGCAUUUAAAAUUUUAAAAACGCGUAUUUAUUAUCCAGCCAACCAAAAACAAAUAUAUUUAGAUAAAUAACGAAUAAAUACAUCGUCUAAAAUAAAUAUAAUAAUUAAUAAUUAGAA